AUGCGGCGCGACAACAGAGACAGGGAACGUGAGAGGGAGAGAGACAGGGACCUUGAUCGGCGGGACGACAGGUACCGUUCGUUGCCCCCCUUUGCGCAGACUCCAGUCUCAUUAGCUGCUAGAAGACGGUCGCGCUCGCCUUACGGCCGCGACAGGGGUCCUCGGGACAGAACCCCUCCGCCCAGGAGGUCGCCUGCACCGGCACCCCGAGGCGGUUACCGUCCGCGGUCUCGCAGCACGAGCCGCCGUGGUGGCGAGAGAUAUCUAGGGUCCUCCUAUAGACGGGCGUCGCCGCCCCGAGAUUCUGGCAUCUCGUCAGCGAUCACGUCUCGAUCAGCUUCAGGCAAGUCGUCACCGCAUCCUCCUCCUUCCAUCCGAGCACGAUCGCGGCCGCAAUCGAGGGAGCGUGGGGAGCGCAUCGAACGGGAGCGGGAACAGCCGCAGCAGCCGCAGCAGCGAGAGCGAGAGCGGGAACCCACACCCCUCCAGACCGGCGGUGCUUCCGCCGCAUCAUCGUCUUCGACGACGACGGCGACGAAUCGCGAAGCACCCAAGCCUGCCGCCGCCGCCGCCGCCGCCGCCGUUGCCGCCCCCCAAGAACCGGCCCCACCGGUAGCAAAGACACCACCUCGAGGCCCCGCCGCUUUACGUGCUCCUCCGACCGGUCCCGCCGCGACCCGAAACUUCUCUGCGCCCGCCGGCUCACCAGCUGUCCAGCCAACUAGACACCCGCAGACCCCAAGCGUGCCACCCCCGCGCGCAGACGCCACUAGCCCUACGAUCCCCCCGGCCGGCCCUCGAGGCUACGUAGCUCCGGCUAGGGGCGGCGGAUAUAGCUCCCGCGGCGGACGAGGCUCGUGGUCGGGCCCGUCGCCUCGCCAGACCCCAGUCCCUACAACGUCCCCUUCAGCCGCCGGCAACGGACCAUCCACCAUCCCAACCGGCCCGCGCGCUAACCCAUCCAACAACACCCCUUCAAACCCCUCCACUGCACCCAAGCAUGCUUGCCACUCUGCCCCUAUCAUCCCAGGCGGCAAGAUCGACCCCUCCCUGCUGCCGACGACCACGGGCAUCACGAGAGAGAUUGAGCCGCACUACAAGAAGCUCAAGGCCGAGGAGGAGAAGGCGCGCGGGGAGCUGGACGCCAAGCAGGACAAGCUGCGGCAAAGCCUCCAGAUGUGGGACAAGCUCGAAAUGGAGUCCAAGGCGUGGAAGACGAGGGUGGACCUCAGCGAGCAGAGCCUCAAGAGCUUGGCCGGCGAGGGUCUCGGGGGAGCUGCCUUUUAA